AUGCCAGAGGAUAUUGCGAACCGUCUCAAGGAAGAGGGUGAUGCGCUAAAUUCGAUCAGGCUCUGGUCAAGUACACAGAGGCAAUCGAAAUUGACGGAUCCAAUGCCAUCUUGUGGGCGAACAGAAGCGCUUGCAACAGAACUCGACCCGACGUACUACAAAGCUUGGGCCAGACUUGCUAUUGCGAAAAAUGCUUUGCAGGAGUACCUCCCCAGCGCCUUGGCGUGGCAGCGCGCUCUGGACACUCUGCCAACUGAGAAUCUCACACCGAUGCAAGGACAGCAGCGUCAAGAGUACCAGAGCGACUCGAAGAAGCCACUGACCGCUUGCAUCGAAAGGCCAGCAAUGGCGAUCGAGGCGUCCGGAAAUACUAGGAGCAGCGUUUGGAUUCUGCAUGAAGCGUAUGAAGAAUUCGCAGAGGGCGUGCGGAUCAUGAAAGGAGUGACGGUUGAUGAGGGAGGAGGCUUGCAGCACCUCUCGAACGGGCCCGUCAGGGAAGAUCGCAUCUUCCAUCUGGAAAAAGAGUCGCUGUGGAUCAGUGCUUACAACCGACUCGGCACACUUGAACGCGAAAGACACAAUCCACGGCUCGCUGCCGGGCCUGAUUAUGUGAAACGCGAGGCCCCCUCCCGACUGGCCGAAAAGGGAUGGGAAGUUGUUCGUCCAGACGUCGACCUAACUAUCCGGUCAGUCUCCAUCCUUGUUUUCGAACCUCGUCCGACUGUCGUCUCAAAAGUUCUGGAUUCUUCGGGUCGAUGUCUUGAGGUCCUCGAGUGGGGGCAGGAUCUGUGGAAAGAAGUUCCGACAUCUGUGCGCGGCGAGGUUUCUGAAGAGACGUUCAUUCGGGGAUUACGAAAUUUGUAUCUGGAGUCGAUAUUGGUGUCCUUCGGUCUUGAUCGACGCGAUACGAUGCUCGUGGAGAAGCUGACGGCAGAGGCAGAUAUUCUGCUGAGGAGCCUAGAGGCGGACUCGGGCGCUCGGGAUGAUGUAGACCCGGGGUUCAAGUUGUCGUUUUACGAUUAUUGUCGCGGAAAUGCCUACGCUUGCAAAGCCUUCGUCCACUCUGAUCUUGCUAAACGCGGAUUGUCCGUAGAGGAGAACAACCAGCUCGCGGGGGAGUACUACCUGUAG